AUGUCUUCUGGCUCAAUCCUCGAGGCCAACGAGGAGAAAGAGACGCCAUUUUCCAAUAACAAUGACAGUAAGAACAAUGAGCCUGCUACCCCCCAGCCUGAAGGCGUAAAGCCUGCAGGACCCCCUCCUCCUCCUAAUGGGGGAUUCGCCGCAUGGCUUCAGGUUGCUGGAGCCUUCAUGAUUUUCUUCAAUACCUGGGGGUUGAUCAACACAUUUGCCGUCUUCCAAACCUACUACGAGUCCGGCGCUCUGUUUACCGAGUCUUCCUCCAAUAUCUCCUGGAUCGGUUCUAUCCAGUGCUUCCUCCUUCAGGUAACCGGCAUCAUUGCUGGACCUAUCUACGACCGAGGCCACCUUCGCCUACUCCUUGUUACCGGUAGCUUUUUGGUUGUUUUCGGCUACAUGAUGCUGUCCCUAUGUCACGAGUACUGGCAGGCGCUGCUGGCACAGGCUAUCUGUGUUGGUCUUGGUAGUGGUUUACUGUUCACGCCCACUGUUUCGCUGCUUCCGACAUGGUUCUCCUCGCACAUCGGCCUGGCCGUUGGAAUCGCAUCUUCUGGUUCAUCACUAGGUGGUGUUAUCUAUCCUAUCGUGCUCUAUCGACUCAUCGGCCCCAUCGGCUUUCCUUGGGCCGUACGAACAUUGGCCUUCAUUGCUCUCGGGACCUUUAUUAUCCCAGUAAUUGUGAUGAGGCAGCGUAUCAAACCACCAAAGCCUCGGGCCUUGAUCGACUGGUCGGCGUUUACAGACUAUCCCUACAUCGCCUUUGCCAUAGCCGUGCUGAUUGUGUUUAUUGGUAAUUCAGUGCUCAUUUUCUACAUCUCCUACUAUCCGAUUAAUAAGGGCUUUACCAACAACUCUCUGGGAUUUUACAUGGUUGCCAUCUUCAACGCCGCGUCAAUCUUCGGGCGAAUUGCGCCCAACGCGCUGUCUGACCGCAUCGGCGUGUUCAACACGUUUGUGCCUAUGGCGCUGAUACUGAGCAUCACAGUCUUCAGCAUGCUCGGUGUGACCAAUGCCGCGGGAAUGGUUGUCGAGGCAGUCGUCACAGGAUUUUUCAGCGGUGUCAUCGUCGCGUUGCCGCCUGUUUGCUUCGCUAUGCUGACGGCAAACAAGGCUCUGAUCGGUACACGUAUCGGGCAGGGUUUUGCAAUUGGUGGAUUGGGCUUGCUAAUUGGAGGACCAAGUGCUGGUGCCAUUCUUGGAACAACCGCUCCCCUCGACUGGACUGGCCUUUGGGUCUAUGGGGGUGUUGCAAUUGCUGUUGCUGGAUUCAUCCUCAUUGCCGUUCGUGUCAUGAAGGCUGGACCCAGGUUGAUGGUCAAGGUUUAA